CCAGCCUGAGGGGUCUUGAGGUGACAGCGACUGCAACUGCGACUACAGCUGCAGGAGAAGAUGGACAAGGGGAAGGCCGGGCGACGUCGGUCUUCAUCCGAAAUUGUCACAGAAGGAAAAAGGAAAAAGUCUUCAUCUUCUGAGUUACAUAAGAUAACAAAGAUGUUAAAUGCAAAAUCAGAGGAUGUUCAUGUCAAAUCACCGCUGUACAAACUCAGAAGCUCAGAACGGUGGGAUCUCCCUUUGCAGGGGUGGCAAAGAAGCCUAAGAAACAAGGUUCUUUCUCUAGACCAUAAAAGUAAAAAAGGUGUUCGUGGGCAUCCUGUCACUUCUAAGACGUCAUCAGAAAGGCAACUCAAAGUUAUGUUGACGAAUGUCCUAUGGACGGAUUUAGGACGAAAAUUCAGAAAGAUCCCACCUAGAAACGAUGCUAAUUUAUGUGAUGCCAACAAGGUGCAAUCAGACUCAUUGCCUUCGACAUCUGUUGACAGCCUAGAGACAUGUCAAAAAUUAGAACCUCUUCACCAAAGCCUUAAAUUAUCUGAAAGGAUACCCAGAGUUAUAUUGACGAAUAUCCUGGGAACGGAGUUAGGAAGAAAAUACAUAAAGACCUCUCCUGUAACUGAGGCCACUUUGGGUGAUACAGACAACUUGCAAUCAGAGCAGCUUUCUUCAUCAUCUGAUGGCAGCCUAGAAUCUUGUCAGAAUCUAAAUACUCACAAGAACUUCUUUUUAUCUGAAAGGGGUUCUCAACCAGAUAAAACAAUAGAUAAGAAUUAUUCAAAGAGGGCUGCACAUACCAAAGAAAAGAGAAGAGGUGAUGAUGGCAUUUCUCUUGUAGUGUCUGAUACUCAGUCUGAAGACCUCAGUAGUGGAAGUAGAGAUUGUGAUCAUCUUGAAGAGGGGAGCAGAAACAAGAAUGGUACAUAUUCCGAUUCGAAAAUGGAACCCACUCCGAUUUCCAGGAAGAGAAAGAAAAGAUUUAGAAAUAAUUUACCUGAUUCUCAUAAUUCUACUUCUUUAUAUAAGUCAGCAGAACAGACAACAGAGCAAGAAAAUGACUCAACAGUAUCUUCAGAGUUUGAAAAGACAAGUGAAAAUCAUGAUCAAGAUCCAAAACUGCUUGAAGAAAUUACACCUGAACCUACAGAAAGUGAUUUAACUAAACUAUCCUCACUUAAUAGUCAGGAGUUGGCUUUGAGUACUAUUCCCAAAAGCACCUCUGACUGUUCAGUCACUGAAACUUUUGAGAGCUCUAUUUCCACUGAUACUUUGGGGAAUUCUACCCUGGUUGAGAAGGAUGAGAGUAUGUUGAACACGAUAGAAAAGCCUGUUUUAAGUGAACACAGUGAAGGGAACCAAUCACUGAUCUCAGCUGAACCAAUUGUUGUUUCCAGUGAUGAAGAAGGACCCAUUGAACAUAAAAGUUCAGAAAUUCUUAAAUUACAAUCUAAGCAAGACCUUGGCAUCACUAAUGAAAAUGAGAGUAUUUCUGAAUCAGCAUUGUCAGAACUACCAUUGAUUACAUGUGAAUCAGUACAGGCUUCAUCUGAAUUGUGUCCUGCCAUGGAAAAUAUUUCCUGUAUUAUACCUAGUAAUGAGAUGGAUCUACAACUGGAUUUUAUAUUUACUUCUGUUUAUAUUGGUAAAAUAAAAGGAGCUUCUAAAGGUUGUGUUACAUUCACACCGAAGUAUGUUAGGAUCCCAUUUCAAGUGUCCCUGAAUGAGGUUUUAUUGUUAGUGGAUACCACACAUUUAAAGAGAUAUGGGUUAUGGAAAAGUAAGGAUGAUGAGCACAGUAAAAGGAGUCAUGCUGUCCUUUUCCUCUGGGUCUCUUCACAAUAUCUUCAGGAGAUUCAGACCCAGUUAGAAAACUCUGUGUUAAGCCAGCAAUCAAAAUCUAGUGAAUUCAUUUUCCUUGAGCUACACAAUCCUAUUUCACAAAGAGAAGAAUUGAAAUUGAAAGAUAUUAUGACAGAAAUAAGUACAACCACUGGAGAAUCAGAGCUUUCUUAUUCAUUGUCUUGGGUUCAGGCACUUCCUUUAUUUCAGAACCUCUCUUCAAAAGAAAGUUCUUUUAUUCAUUAUUACUGUGCUUCAACUUGUUCAAUUCCUGCUGCUGCUGCUGAAGAAAUGAAGAUGAAAUCAGUAUCUCAGCCCUCAAAUAUAGAUACAGCCAAACCUAAUUACACCUUCCUGCAGAAGCAAAGUAGUGGUUGCUACUCACUUUCUAUUACAUCUAACCCAGAUGAAGAAUGGCGAGAAGUCAGGCACACUGGACCUGUUCAGAAGUUGAUUGUAUAUCCUCCACCACCUACUAAAGGGGGAUUAGGGGUAACUAAUGAAGAUCUGGAAUGCUUAGAAGAAGGGGAAUUUCUUAAUGAUGUAAUUAUUGACUUCUACCUUAAGUAUCUUAUAUUGGAGAAGGCAUCAAGUGAACUUGUUGAACGAAGUCACAUUUUUAGUAGCUUUUUCUAUAAAUGCUUGACGAGAAAGGAAAAUAACUUAACAGAAGAUAAUCCAAAUCUUUCAAUGGCACAAAGAAGACAUAAAAGGGUAAGAACAUGGACUCGCAACAUAAACAUCUUUAAUAAAGAUUACAUCUUUGUGCCUGUAAAUGAGUCGUCUCACUGGUAUCUUGCAGUCAUUUGUUUUCCAUGGUUAGAAGAAGCUAUGUAUGAAGAUUUCCCACAAACUACAUCCCAGCAAUCCCAGGCUCAGCCGUCCCAACAUGAUAACAAAACAAUAGAUAAUGAUCUACACACUGCUUCAGCACUAUCCUUGGGUAUAGCGGAUUCCCAAAGUACUGAGACGAAUAUGUCAAUACCAAAGAAAAUGUGUAAAAGGCCAUGCAUUCUCAUACUAGACUCCUUGAAAGCUGCUUCCAUACAAAACACAGUUCAGAAUUUACGAGAGUAUUUAGAGGUAGAGUGGGAAGUUAAACGAAAAACUCAUCGUGAAUUCAGCAAAACAAACAUGGUGGACCUAUGCCCUAAAGUUCCUAAACAAGAUAAUAGCAGUGAUUGUGGAGUAUAUUUACUGCAAUAUGUGGAAAGUUUCUUUAAGGAUCCCAUUGUUAACUUUGAACUUCCAAUUCAUUUGGAGAAAUGGUUUCCUCGUCAUGUAAUAAAGACCAAACGGGAGGAUAUUCGAGAGCUCAUUUUGAAACUUCAUUUACAGCAACAGAAGGGCAGCAGUAGCUAGUUAAUCUGUACAAAGAUGACACAGAUGGUCUACACGAUUACUGGGAAGCUGCUUACCAGCAUUUGUGUUAGACAGCUCACAGAGAAGACAGCUUGCAGUAGUGUGUGUCAUUGAACAUUAUUUAAAAUAUAUAAGGUGUAUUAUUAGAAUUGUUGAGAUCUCAUAGAUGGAGUGGAAAUGGGUGUGAUAUACAUAAUCUUAUUAGAUAGAAAUUAAAAUUUCAUAAAUAUUUGAUAUUUUUCUGAUUUAAAAUGCUUGGAUUAUGCAAUAGCAUAUGUAAUGUGGGAAUGUUUUUGUAGGUAAUAAAACUAUGUGAUCUGUACUUCCACAUAGCGGGAGUUGAGGGGAGUUAGGUCCUCCCUGAUGCCAGCCCCAGUGACUGUCAAAUUUGUUGACAAGUCACAUUAUAUUGUAAUUCUAUUCUUUGCAGCUCAAGCAUGCAGUAUGAAUACUGUGUAUUUUUCUUUUUAAAGAAUUUAGUAUUAAGGCUUCAGAAAAUGCCAUUUAUGGCAUUCCUUCUGUAUAGUGUAAAAGAAGACAAAUGAUAGCAAGAUGAUAAAAAAUCAGUCUUUCAAAGCGCAGCUUAUUUUUCUCAAUUGCUAAAUGAAACCAUUACUCUGCUGUAAUUUUUUUUCCUUUUUUUUGAUGUAAUAUGUGAGGAUCUGGGAAUUGAAUUCAUUCAUUCAGGGUGAAAUUUGGAACAAAAAAAGUUAGCUAUACAAAAUAGGUUUUAAAAAAUGAUAUAUGUUACCCAACAUAGUUUAUUUGAAUUAUAGCUAUAUACUGACUUCUCCAUUGUCCCAGAAUAUAUGUACACAAUUUAUGUAAGAUAAAAUUGGUGUCCUUAUAAUUUAAUUAAAAAUACCCUCAAAGUCUUAUUUAUUGUAGAACUAAAUAUAUAAUUUUUAUAGCUCUGUUACCCAGUAUUCAUCUGCAAAGCCAGAUUGCUCUCAUUGCUUUUAUAUUUUUGAAUUGUACUUUUUAGAGACCUAUAAUCCCCAUGGAGCUUACUUUUUUAUUAAAUGUUCAGGUAACAGUUAUGAAUUCAUGUGCUGAGGGUGGUAUUAUAUAAAUACUUCACAACCUCCUAAUGGUAUCAGGAAUAUUUUGAGGGGACAAUUAUAAUGUAUUUUCUCAGAUAAGAAAAAUGUUUUUUUUUUUAAAAAUAUUUUAAUCUUGUGUUUUAAGCGUCGCUUGGAUUUACAUGGUAACUGUAUAUAAAGCAGUGAAGCAAAGGCAAUUUCAGAUAAAGCUAAAAGUAGGAACAUUUUAUUUUAGAAUCAUGUGAAUUGAUAUUGUCAGUUAAGCCUCAGUGUUCUUUAGCUUUUGUUAAUCUCGUCACCAUCUUUUAUUGUUAAAGAUAUUUGUCUUUUGGAGGUUUCCUAUAAAGAUGCUUAUAAUUACAUGUUUCAUUCCCAAUUUGUGUGUGUGUGUGUGGGAGGGGACUUUUUUAGGUGACUAUUGUUUUGUACAUCUAAUUUUGGGAAAGCAAGUAUAUAAUACAUCAUCUUGUGACUUCUUAACUUUUUUUGUUUGUAUGUUUUUCAGAGAUACCACUGUCUUUUAUCAUGUUUUGAAGAUUGUUUAAAAUUCAUUUUCCUAAAUUCAUGUGGAAAUGCUUUGAAAAUAUCAACAUUUUAUAUUAAACAUAUUUCCAAUUCAUUAAA